AUGGUUAGUGUGCUUAUGGAGAUGAGGCCUUUCAUUAGUAGAGGAAAUGCAAUGUGGUCCUUGUUAAUGUGCGAUAUGAAUCUUUCCAUUGCAUGCAUGAUGGAUACUGAUACUUUCAGUAGUUCAGGAUUCAGUGGCAUUUCAGGUUCUUCUUCUGUUCAGUUAAUUUCCAACUGUAAUUCCUAUGGUCCUAGUUCACUCAUGUCAGAAUGCAAUGCUUCUGCUGGUGAGCUAAAUUCUUCAACUCAUCCUCCACUUUCCCUUAGCGAUGAAACCUCAAGCUUGGCUAGCGUCCCUGGUUUACCUUCUUCACGUCAGGCUAGUUCAAAUUGGACACCUAUGAAUGUCAAAGAUGAAAUAUUGGUUAAAUUACUCGCUCGAAUUGAGGUGUUAAAGACCCAACUACAAGACUGGACAGACUGGGGACAACAAAAGGUGAUGCAGGCUGCUCGUAGACUCAACAAGGAAAAGGCUGAACUUCAAAGCCUGAGGCAAGAAAGAGAUGAAGCAGCUCAUCUCCUUAAAGAAAAGGAAACACUGGAAUAUGAAUCGCUAAAUGAUACUACCAGGAGGCUUGAAGAUGAUAACAACAAGCUGAGGCAGGAAUUGGAAGUUGCUAAGGAUAGAUGGAAAUUUGAAGAGAAGGGAAAACAAGAUAUCCUCACGCUGGUCGCUGCUGAAAGGAAUGAACAUGAACAAAUAGAAACUUCAGCUAAAUUGGAGGAAACAGCCUUUGUAUUAAAGUCAGAAAGUGAAUUACAAAAAUACAAAGAAGAUAUCAGAAGCCUUGAAGACAAGAUUUCAAAACUGAGAAUUAAUAGUUAUACAAAAACCCCAGCACUUACAUGGGACAUGAAUGCUCAUUCUAAUACCGAGAUAUUGGAUUCCCAGGGAUCUGACAAUGAAGUACAGCGUGAUAGAGAGUGUGUAAUGUGCUUGACUGAGGAAAUGUCAGUUGUUUUCCUUCCCUGCUCCCAUCAAAUUGUUUGUGCAAAAUGCAAUGAAUUGCAUGAGAAGCAAGGAAUGAAGGACUGCCCUUCUUGCAGGACCCCUAUUCAGCGAAGGAUACAUGUUCGCUCAACUUAA